AUGGGGUGUGGUAUGGGGUAUGGGAUGGGGUGUGGGAUGCGGUAUGGGAUGGGGUGUGGGAUGGGGUAUGGGAUGGGGUGUGGUAUGGGGUAUGGGAUGGGUUGUGGGAUGCGGUAUGGGAUGGGGUGUGGGAUGGGGUAUGGGAUGGGGUGUGGGAUGGGGUGUGGGAUGGGGUAUGGGAUGGGGUGUGGGAUGGGAUAUGGGAUGGAUUGUGGGAUGGGAUAUGGGAUGGGGGUGUGGGAUGGGGUAUGGGAUGGGAUAUGGGAUGGGGUGUGGGAUAGGGUGUGGGAUAGGGUUUGGGUUGGGUGUCGGAUGGGGUAUGGGAUGGGGUGUGGAAUAAGGUAUGGGAUGGGGUGUGGGAUGGGGUAUGGGAUGGGGUGUGGGAUUUGGUAUGGGAUGGGGUGUGGAAUGGGGUAUGGGAUGGGGUGUGGGAUGGGGUGUGGGAUGGGAUGGGAUGGGGUUUGGGAUGGGGUACGGGACGAGGUAUGGGAUGGGGCAUGGGAUGGGGUGUGGGAUGGGGUGACUCAUGGAAUGGGCGGGAUGGGGUAUGGGAUGGGGUGGGAGGUAGCUGAGACGGGAGAAGCAUCGCCACUAACACCAUCAGCACGGGUUCUGGCAUCAGCAGCAGGAGCAGUCACAGUGGGAGCUGCAGAACUAGCAGAGGUAAUGUGCAUGUGGUAG